UGUGCUGAGUUAUGCGAGGUUGGACGAAUCAACACAAGGGAACAUUUGCUCGCAGGCCAGAACACGUACUGCGCAUUUCUGCAGAUGCACAGUAAACCUGUCACUGUCCAGUGUGCUUGAGACACAGCCGCAGCUGAAACUUCCCUUCAAACCUGUUUUUAUACAGUCUAUGGUUCAAACGCGCAAUUCUUUGUUGAAUUGGCUUCCUUUUUAGAAAGGGCGUGAAGGCGAUUCGAGAUAAGAGAGAUUUUGGUGCACAACACAGUGGGACAUCAUGGCUGAGGAGGAGCUCAUGUUUAAUAUGGAGGAGGUGGGAAGUCCUCGGGAUGGACCUAGAUGUGCUAAGGGAAGAGUGGCUUUCCAAGAUUCCAAUGCAAGUGAUGAUGAUGAUGAAGAUGAUGAUGAAGAUUACCUCCGUAUCUGCCCCAUCACUGACGACCCCAUAAGCCCAACCAAAGGCUUCUUUGACUACCCAAAGGACGUCUUUAGCAACCAGCAGCUUUCGAAUUCAUUGCCCAAAAACUCCUUCACAUACAGGUGUAAACAUGUGUUCUUGUUCUUUAGAUACAAUGCGGUUACUGGUGAAUGGGCAAAAGAUGAAAUAUUUAUCAAGGUUUCCUCUCAGUCAUUUGGAAAAGGAGCCAUGAGGGAAUGCUAUAGAUCGAAGAAGUUGUCAAACUUUUCCCACAGCAGCAACUGGAAAUCAGCCUCAAACUAUGUGGCUAAGAGAUACAUGGAGACCGUGGACAGAGAUGUUUACUUUGAGGAUGUGAGGUUACAAAUGGAGGCUAAAUUAUGGGGCGAGGAGUUCAAUCGCCACAGGCCUCCUAAACAGGUUGACAUCAUGCAGAUGUGCGUUGUGGAAAUGACUGGUCGCCCUGGGAGCCCUUUAUUUCACCUGGAACACUACAUUGAGGGGAAGUACACAAAGUACAAUUCCAACUCUGGUUUUGUGAGGGACGAUAACAUACGGCUUACACCCCAGGCAUUCAGUCAUUUCACAUUUGAGCGCUCUGGACACCAGCUGAUAGUGGUGGACAUUCAGGGUGUUGGGGACCUUUACACAGACCCUCAGAUCCACACUGAGAAGGGGACUGACUUUGGAGAUGGCAACCUAGGUUUGCGUGGCAUGGCUCUUUUCUUCCACUCUCACCUGUGUAAUAAGAUCUGUAGGAGUAUGGGCCUCACUCGCUUUGACCUGUCCCCUUCUGAAACUGCACAAUUGGACUGCACCAACAAAUUGCUGCUGUCAGCUCAGACUGUCCUCCGUGGAUGUGAAGAGCAUUGUGGUUCGCCCAGGGUCCGGACGACCUCUCUCGGCCACAUGCCUGUUCUCCUCUCACGGCUCUCUGAGACUUUCUCGGUUGAUGAAAGCAGUGACACAGACUCGGUUCCCUGUUCUCCACUUAGUAUGGGCAUCUCUGCAGGCCGAUCACCCAUGGGCUGGUCAUUCAUGUAUGAAAUGAAUGAGGCACAUCGAGCUAACACAGAUCACAAGGACUCAGAGAAUGGAGGAGACAGUGGUUACCCCAGUGAGAAACGCAGUGAAGGAGACUCAGUCGAGCAUCACAGUCAGGGACGUCCCUUCUACAACAGACAUUGCUCAGAAUCGGAUGAGGACAGUGUUCGUCGGCUGACAGAAGAAAAAUUGAGUUUUUACCAUUCAUCUCGCUCCCACAUACACAGACCUUCCUGUGUGGCAAUGGAAGUAGAGAGACUUAACACUAUGAUUCUCGAAAAGAAAAUUGGUAAAUCCAUCCUAGGCAAGGUACAUCUAGCCAUGGUUCGCUACCACGAGGCCGGGCGCUUUUGUGAGAAGGAUGCACCAUGGGACCAGAUUUCUGCAAUGUACCAUUUGGAAAGGGCUGCCAUGUGUGGGGAGCUUGAGGCUAUAGUUGCCCUUGGCCAAUGUUACCUUCAGCUGCCACAUCACAUUCUACCAGAGAUCGAAUUAGAGGCAUCUGAGGAAAACAGCAAGAAGGGUUUCCGCUUUCUGCUGAAGGCCGCUGAGGCAGGAGACCGGCCGAGUAUGAUUCUAGUAGCACGAGCAUUCGACACUGGUUUGAACCUCCCUUCUGACAGGGUUAUAGACUGGAAACACGCCAUGCACUGGUAUGACUUUGCCCUUAAGAUGACAGACUACGACGAGGGGGGAGAGUUUGAUGGGAUAAAAGAUGAGCCGCGCUACCUUCUGUUGGCACGAUUGGCUGAGAUGUACCAGGAGGGAGGGCACAACUUGGAUGCAGACCCCCAAAGAGCAGGUGAUCUUUUCACUGAGGCUGCUGAUGCAGCUAUGGAGGCCAUGAAGGGCAGACUGGCCAAUCAGUACUACAUGAAAGCAGAGGAAGCAUGGUCUAUGAUGGAAGAAUAAAAGUGCUGGUGUGCAAAAAAAGCAUGAAAACGGUUCCUAUUGUGCACCCAGCCCCUGUUUACAUGCUGUUUUCAAUGCCUUAUGUUUUCCUUGGGUCCCUUUGACUUAAGAGAAAUAAUGUUGAUAUUAGAUCAGUUUUCUAAUGAAUGUGACAAGGGCAUAUGCUGAUUGCAGAUCAAAAAUAUACUGAGGUGCUAAAUACACAUACUCUCCUGGUUAAUUUUUCUUUAAGAACAGUUGCACAGUGUCUGCAGCCUGUUCAGGUUGCUUCAUGGGAAUACGUGCAUUACCUGUCAAUAAUUUCUUUCUCUUGUUUCUGAAAAGGACAACUGGUUGUUUCUUUAAUAAACAUGUUGUGACUGUUAAAAAUGGUAUCACCGAUGAUUGAACUUACUUCAGUAAAAUUAAUUUGCUAGUAUUGCUAGAUCUGAUGUCUAAGAACAUUAAGCAUCAUUAGCUAUUGCUGUGAGUUUGAACAUGUUUUGUGUAGACUGUCAAAAACCUUUCAUAAUUCACCAUGAUCAAGGAGUGCAGAAGUGAGUGUGAUCAUUUUUGAUGGUUGUUUUUCAAAUGAGAACAAGAUUACAAAGAAAC